GCAGUGAGUGUGCAUGCACGCGUGGGGUGUCAGCGCUGAAACGAACUCGGAGAGUGCAACCACUCGUGGAGUGCCGGCCGAAACGAACCCGUUCCACGCUGCGAGUGGGCACGCGUGGGCACGAGUGCCGUGAAACGAACUCGCUAUUAGAGAAAUUUCGUUUUUCUGUUGCCAUCUUUUGAUGGCAAGCGCUCGGAAUUUCGAAGGUAUGUCCGAAUCAAUUCAAUGAGUGCCGACGAAACGAUCUGUCUGUGAACUGAUUGCCAGCAACGGCUGAGGAAAUUAAAGGUGUGCGGCGCCUUGCAAGCGAUCGCGUCAAGUUGGAAAAGAUGCGCGGUGACCUUGGCACAGGUGUGCAGCAGCGCGAGCAGCCCGCCGCACGUGAUCGGCGCGGCAGAUCUUGCCCCCUCGGUUGCCCUGGCAACGCUGUGCAUCGCACGGAGCAGAGCGCGACGAGGAUGGAGCGAUGAGGCCCGACCUACUGCCGGCGCCGCGGACCGUACGAUGAACCGCUAUGUGACCCUGGGCCCCCUCGGAGAUGGCACGUACGGCUCGGUUGUGCUCGGCCAGCGCCUGGACACGGGCGAGAAGGUGGCCAUCAAGCGCCCUGCCAGGGCACCCUGAGAGCCCCCCCUGCGGCACCUCCCCGGCAUGCAGCGGCGGCACUCCCCGAUGAAGCGGUACCAGCUGCUGCACCAGCUGGGCGACGGCACCUUUGGCAGCGUCGUGCUGGCACGCUCCCUCGACACGGGCGAGAAGGUGGCCGUCAAGAGGAUGAAGAAGAAGUACUACUCCUGGGACGAGUGCAUGAACCUGCGAGAGGUGAAGUCCCUUCAGAAGCUGAGCCACGCCAACCUGGUGAAGCUGAAGGAGGUCAUCCGAGAGGACAACACCCUCUACUUCGUCUUCGAGUACAUGCGGGAGAACCUGUACCAGCUCAUCAAAGACAGGGAGAAGCCAUUUGCGGAGCCCGUGAUCCGCAGCAUCCUGCAGCAGAUCCUGCAGGGGCUGUCGUUCAUGCACAAGCACGGCUUCUUCCACCGGGACAUCAAGCCCGAGAACCUGCUCUGCACGGGACCCGAGCUGGUCAAGAUUGCAGACUUCGGCCUCGCCAGGGAGAUCCGCUCCCAGCCACCCUACACGGACUACGUGUCCACACGCUGGUACCGCGCCCCCGAGAUCCUGCUGCGCUCGACGAGCUACAGCUCUCCCAUUGACCUGUGGGCUGUGGGCUGCAUCCUGGCCGAGCUGUACUCCCUCCAGCCACUCUUCCCCGGGCGCAGCGAGGUUGACCAGAUCUUCCGCAUCUGCUCCGUGCUCGGCACCCCCGACAAGCGGGACUGGUCCGAGGGUCAUCAGCUGGCGGCGGCCAUGAACUUCCGCUUCCCCCAGUUUUCGGAGAUGCCCCUGGGCAACGUGGUGCCCAACGCGGGCAGGGAUGCCCUGGUCCUGCUCAGGGACCUGCUGCGCUGGAACCCCGCUCGGCGGCCCAUGGCACUCUUGGCCCUGCGCUACCCGUACUUCACGGCCGACCAGCGUGCCACGGCGGGUCCCCCGAUCCCCAGCGUGCGCGGGGACAGCGGCCGGGGAUUCCAGUCCCAGUUCCUGGGCAAGGAGCCAUCCGGUCCUCCGCCACCCUACGACCUCCAGGACAUCAAGGCGCUGGCAGGACACCGAUGGGCGAGAGCUCCCCUCUGGGACAAGGACAGUGACGCACUCUUGGACGACAGCUUCGAGGUGGAAGACUCCCUGGACAGGAAGGCUCGUGGCUGGGGCCUGCAGGCCUCGCAGGGAGUCCACGCGCUGCCGGGCGGCACCCAGCCCAGGGGUCGCUACAUGCUGGCCAGCCACAAGCCACAGCUGCUGCUGCGUGCAGACGGGAGCAGCUACACCAGGGCCGUGGGUUCGCACACCUACCUGGGCAUGGACUCGGCCAAGGCGGCCCACGAGGCGGCGAGGCGCCCCUCCGCCCUGCGGCUCACCUCCGGCCUGCCGGGGCACACCGACUGGGCCGCCAAGUGAAGCCUCGCUUCCCUACCCCGUCUCACUACCGGCUGCUUUCCAGUACCUCAAGUGACCGGGCAGGCCCCACGUCGUCCGCAGGAUACGGAACCGGGUCGUGGAGAAAAAGAAGAAUAAAGCGUCGUUAUCAAA